AUGGUCCUGCUGAGCUGUGCGAGUCUGGCCAUGUACAAGCCUGGUGUGGAGAAAACCUUUAUGCAAGAGAUAGCGGAUGCGGGUGUGUUUGUGUUCUUCAUGGUGGAGAUGCUGAUGAAGAUGGUGGCCCUGGGAGUCUUUGGAUAUGAAGGGAGUUAUCUUCGCAGCAUCUGGCACAAGUUGGACUUCUUCAUCAACUGUGGAGAGGUGUUGGACUAUUUAAUGGAGUUGGUCGGCAUGCACCUGCAAUUCUGUCAAGUGCUCGGGCCUAUGCGACUGAUCAGCAGGGUCCCAAGUAUAAGAGGCGUGAUGACGGUCCUCAUAGACACCAUGCCGAUGCUCGCAAACGUGCUCGUCCUCUACAUUUUCGUCAUCCACGUGUUCGGCGUGGUGGGGAUCCAGCUGUGGGCGGGGCAGCUGCGCAACCGCUGCUUCCUGGGGGAGGACAUUCCUGGAAUGUACAACGUGUCCUUAAGUCCAUUCUUCACGACCAAGCACGGUGAAGAAUUCCCAUUUGUCUGUUCGCCUGACGGCAAGGCCGGGAUGCAGCACUGCCGUGAUGUGCCCCCUUACAGUGAGAACGGGCAGACCUGUUCGUUGACUGCUCCCCACCAUGCUGCAGCUGACUUACUCCCUCCUGUGGCCAACGCCUGUGUGAACUGGAACUUGUACUACAACGUGUGCCGCGCCGGGGAACUCAACCCUCACAGGGGAGCCAUCAACUUUGACAACAUCGCCUACGCCUGGAUAACCACAUUCCAGGUUGUCACACUGGAAGGAUGGGCUUCGAUCAUGUUUAAUGUGAUGGAUGCUUAUUCCUUCUGGAGUUUUCUAUUUUUCAUACUCGUCACGAUUAUGGGCUCCUUCAUCAUGAUGAAUGUGUGCGCAGUCGUCAUCGCCACCCAGUUCUCAGAGCACAUGAAGCCGGAGACAGAAGAGCAGAGUGCUGCCGCUGCACUCAUCACACGGCUCGGUCGCAAGUUUAUUAACUGGCUGCGGAGACGCUACCGAGAUUACAAGAGACGUAACAGCGUGAACCCUUAUGACAGUGACGGCGGCAGGAUAGAUGCUUCACUGAUCUGUACACCAUACCUGAGAAGAGUUAAGAAGAUUGUCAAGAGUAAACUCUUUGACCAACUGAUCAUGGUUGCUGUUUUCCUCAGUAUUCUCCCCAUGGUCAUAGAGCAUCAUAAGCAGCCUAAGAAGAUGACAUCCAUGUUGCAGAUCAGUAACAUCAUCUUCACCUUUAUAUUUGUUGUGGAGAUGAUCUUAAAGCUGCUGGCUCUCAGUUGGAGAUACUUUAGGGACCGAAACAACUUAUUUGACUUUGUCAUCGUUAUCAUCAGUUUGUGGGAGAUAAUAGCUAAGUCCGAUGGCAGGUUGUCUGUCCUGCGUGCAUUUCGCUUGCUGCGGUUUGUGAGACUGCUUCACUUCCUCCCUUACCUGAAGAGACAACUGCUGGUGCUGAAGAGGGCCAUCGAAGAGGCUGCCACUCUCUGCAUGCUCCUGUUCUUCAUCACUUUCAUGUUCAGUAUAAUGGGCAUGCACCUUUUCGGUGGACAUUUGACAUUCACGACACCUCACGGAGACAUUAUCGUUGACCGAAAAAACUUUGACACUCUGCUCUGGUCGAUGGUCACUGUGUUCCAGGUUCUGACUCAGGAGGACUGGAAUCUGGUGCUGUACAAUGCCAUGGCUGCCACCUCCCCAUGGGCCUCUCUUUACUUUGUUUCGGUCAUUGUGGUGGGAAAGCACAUUCUUCUCAACAUCCUUGUGGGCAUAGUGGUUCAGAGCUUCCAGGAUCGGGCCCCCACAAAUACAGAUCAAGACUCCUCUCUGUCUUCCUCUGGGUCUGCCAGCUCCACUCCGGCCAGCUCGACCCCUGAGAACUCUUCACAGGCAGAUGACAAUGAGGAAAAUAGCUCUCCCAGAAGAUCCGCUGCAGUAAACUCAGCCCCUGAGGAAGACUCUGCACCUUCAGCAACCAAUGUGGAAAAUAAAUCUUUGAACGUGGUCCAGAAAGUUCUCCGCUGGUGCAAAGAGCAUGAAGACUGGUCCUUCUACAUGUUGUCUCCCAGGAACAAGUUCCGCAUCUUUUGCCAACGUUUGAUCUCUCACAAGAUGUUCGACCACAUGGUUCUGCUCUUCAUCGUCCUGAGCUGCAUCACCAUCGCUAUGGAGAGGCCUGGAAUAGACCCGAGGAGCACGGAGCGAUGGAUCCUGAAUGUGUCCCGUUACGUAUUCUCUGCUGUCUUCCUGGUCGAGAUGCUUUUUAAGGUUCUGGCUCUCGGCUUGCUGUUUGGGAAGGACAGCUACUGCAGCUCCUCCUGGAACGUCGUGGACGGUUUGUUGGUGAUCCUGUCUUUAGUCCACAUCUUUGUGUCUCUGGCCAGUUCGGGCAAAAACAACAUGCUGGGCAUCCUCAAAGUGUUGCGCCUGCUACGCACACUUCGCCCUCUGAGGGUGAUCAAACGAGCCCCAAAACUGAAGCUCGCUGUGGAAGCUCUGAUCGCCUCGGUUAAGCCCAUCGGGAACAUCGUACUUAUUUCCUGUGUCUUCUUCAUUUUCUACGGCAUUCUUGGGGUGCAGCUGUUCAAAGGGAAGUUCUACUACUGUGUGGGUCCGGACACGAGGAACAUCACCAACAGGAUGGAGUGCCUGUCGGCCAACUAUCGCUGGGUACGGAAGACGUACAACUUUGACAGCCUGCCUCAGGCUCUGAUGUCCCUGUUCGUGAUGUACUCUCAGGACGGCUGGGUGAACCUCAUGUAUGACGGGCUGGAUGCUGUGGGAGUGGACAAACAGCCUGUGAGGAACCACAACCAGUGGAUGCUCAUGUAUUUCAUCACCUUCAUGAUCAUGAGCUUCUUUCUCCUCGACAUGUUUAUCGGCGUGAUGGUGGAGACCUUCCAUCAGUGUCAGCAGGAGCAAAAAAAAGGAGACGAGGAAGCAUUGCAAGGCCAGUGCGUGGACACGUGUGUGCCAGUGCCUGAACCGCGGCCGUAUUACGCGGACUACUGCCCCCUGCGUCGCUCUAUCCACACUCUGAGCACCAGCAACUUCCUGGACCUCUUCAUGGCGGGCAUCAUUUUCAUCAGUGUCUUGAUGAUGGCUUUCGAACAUUAUAAUCAACCUCCGUAUAUAGACAAGCUGACCGAGUAUUCAUACUACGUGUUCACCGCCAUCCUGAUUGUCGAAGUCCUGCUGAAGCUCGUAGCAUUUGGCGUACGGAGGUUCAUGCAAAUCAGCUGGAAUCUGCUGGAUGUCGCCGUUGUCUUGAUUUCCAUCACCAGCGUCAUUUUCAAUAAGACGGACAUGGAACACCGAUUCCCCAUAAAUCCCAGCAUCCUGAGAGUCCUGAGAGUACUCAGACUGGCACAUGUGCUGAAGGCCAAAAAGAUACGAGUUCUGCUGAAAACCAUCAUUAAGACGCUGUCACAGGUCGGAAAUAUUUGUCUGCUGUUUGCGUUCUUCUUUUUCAUCUACGCCGCUCUGGGAGUGGAACUCUUUGGCAAAUUAGAAUGCAGCGAAGACUACCCGUGCCUGGGAUUACACCGACACGCCAACUUCAAACACUUUGGGAUGGCCCUGCUCACGCUCUACCAAGUGUGCACCGGAGACAACUGGAGCGUCAUCAUGAAAGACACGUUGAGGGAGUGCCGCCCCGGCGACGACGGCUGUCUGAGCUACCUCUACUGGGUCUCGCCGAUCUGCUUCUUCAGCUUCGUGGUCAUGGCCCAGUUUGUGCUGGUGAACCUGGUGGUGGCAGCGAUCAUGCAGGCUCUGGAGGACAGCACCGAGAAGAAGACGUGCCGGGCAGUGAGUGAGUCCCACCAAAUCCAGGAGACAGGUCCAGAUCCAGCCAGGCUGACCCAGAGGGACCGCUAGACCGCUCCCAGACACAGACAAAGCUGUUGUACCAUUUUCCAUUUCAUUAUUCUUGAAAUCUGCACAUAUGUUUAUAAAGUGAGAUAUACGGUUACAGAUUUACCUUACAGUUUUAGAUGUUAUUUUGUUCAAAAUUCAAAAUUCCAUCAUUAUAGUACUAGAGAGGCUGAAAAUCUUCAUCUCCCUCUGCAUAAAUCUUCCCGCAGUCAGUUUUUUUAUUAAAUAUCGUGGAGAUGGAAUGCAAACAUUAAUUUACUAGACUCUUCUGUCUCAUUGUUUGUGGACAAAAAGAGACUAUGAAAUGCUCUGCUGUCAAAAACCAAUUAGUUCAAACUAAAAGUGUUCUUGUUUAUAUGUUCAAGCAGACUCUUUGCUAUUUAAUUUUAACCCCACAUAUACUUCCUACACUUAGAUUGUUUUGCAAUAGAUAUAAACAUGUAUUUCAUUGUUUUGUAUUUUUAUUAUUUUUGUAUUGUUUUGAUUUUUUUUGUUGGAUUUUUCUUAUUCUAAUGUUUUUUGGGUGUGACUUUCAUAUAAGCCUUUGCAGGUUUCUGCUGCACCCACACUAUGUGUUUUAUAUUGUUUAUUUCACAUAUAAACAAUAUAAAACACAUAGUGUUAGCAAAUCACUAACAUUUUAUAGUGACAUUUGUGUUGUUUAUAUUUGUACAUUUGUUUUUACGACACAUCUUUUUAUGGCUAUUGUUUUCAUUUUAACUGAAUGGAUUUAAAAGAUCUCAUUGAUUAAAGAUGUAAUUAUUUUUUAUGUUUUAGGCAUGAAAGAUGUGUAAAUAAGAUUGUAAAUAUUUGACUCAACCUUUUCUUAAGAGAAUGAUUUUCAUCUGUAAUGAAUAAAUGUGAAGUAUAAUUUUCAUUUUUCUCUCAUUGAUUAAAGAUGUAAUUAUUUUUUAUGUUUUAGGCAUGAAAGAUGUGUAAAUAAGAUUGUAAAUAUUUGAUUCAAACUUUUCUUAAGAGAAUGAUUUUCAUCUGUAAUGAAUAAAUGUGAGGUAUAAUUUUCAUUUGUCUCCUUUUCUGUCCAAUUUUGCAGUCCAAUAAAAAUAACAUAUUUAGAAGAA